AUGAGUGUCAAUACUGCAUCUAUUCCACACUUGGUUGCUACCAAGGAUUAUUCUCAACUAGCCUCUGUUUGUGAAAUCCUUGAACAGGAGCAGGACCUUUUCCUUGUUACGGGAGCUCAGUCUGUUCCUGACUUGCGUAUUCCCACUUGUCUGCUUGCUUCUUACAUUAUCCUCAACGAUUUGGGUGCAGCCAGAUACCUUGUUCAGCGCACUACCAAUCCUCACCGGUCAAAAGAGUUUAUGGCUCUAGCCUUGGUCAGUGUCCACCUUUGGAAGAAGGAUUUGGAGGCUGUUUUAAUUGCCCUGGACAACUUGGAUAUUAUAUCCACCACUGCUACUACGACUGGAACUGAUAUGGAUAGAAACAGUGAUGGAUCCACAGGGAAUAGCCAAGAGCAUGCUACACAAGAUGAUUGGAUGUAUAGGUUGCUAGCGUUGGUCAAAGAUACUGUGAGAACCAGAUCGUUGGGACUGAUUGCAUUAGCUUAUUCAAGCAUAAGCAUACCCCACUUUUCUACUUUGAUGGGCGUUACUGCAGAUCAAGUUGAAUCUGUAGUGGCAUCGUUGGGCUGGAGAAUACAAGAAGGAUUUAUUUUCCCAUCUCCUUCAAAAACACAGUCUACUAGCAAGAAGCAUGCAGCAUCACGACCUGGAUUGGAUCGAAUUUCUACACUUGCAGAAUACUCUAUACAGCUUGGACUGUAA